AUGGCUUCCAAUUCCAAGUCUCAAAAGUCAGUGAAGAAUUAUUUUACCAAAGUUCCUAAAUCAACUUUGGACUCUCAUGAUCAACCUAAUCUAGAAGAAAAUGUCAACCACUCAGAAGUACCAUUGCUUUCUUCUCAGGAAUUUGAUUUGAAUUCUUUAAAGCAUGACCCGGGUGAAAGAACUCAAAUCUUGGACUUUCAUCCAAAUCAUCGUGAUGUCAUUCGAAGAGAAUAUCUUAGGAGAGGUCCUUGUCAACCUCGGCUUAAAGAGUAUCCUAAAACAAAAAUUUCUAGAGACAUGCGUCGUUUUAAUCCUCGUGGUUUAGCAAGAAAGAAUUGUGAAGAUCUAGUGCGACAAGAACAAUCUAUUCAAUCUGCACUUGUGAGGCAAGAUUCUCAAUUUAAGCAUGAGUAUUGGCUCCGCUUAAAUGCUUCAGUUGAUGUUGUAAGGCUUCUUUUGAAUCAAGAAUUGACAUUUCGGGGUCAUGAUGAAUCUAAAUCAUCACUUAACAGAGGUAAUUUUCUUGAAAUUCUUUCAUGGUAUUUUGAAAGGUGUGAUAACAUUAAAGAUUGUGUAUUGAAACAUGCUCCACAAAAUGAUCUGAUGACUUCUCCAAUGAUUCAAAAAGAAAUUGUGACUGCAUGCAAAAUUGAAACAAUUAAGGCUAUCAUAGAAGAAUUAAAUGGUGAUUACUUUGCCUUGUUGGUUGAUGAAUCUUUUGAUGUAUCGCGCAAGAAGCAAAUAGCCGUUGUUUUACGAUAUGUUGAUAGAAUGGAAUUUGUGAUGGAGUGA